UCCAGGACAAUUCUCUCUCUGUCGCUUCGAGCUCACACUGUGAGCAGCUCUUUAGUCGGGUUUUGUUAAUGGCAGAUUUCGAUUUCGUCGGCUCGAUUGGAGCGGAAUAGACAGCGGCAAGGGAGUAAAACACAUCCGAUGGUCCUUUCUUGCUCUUCUUCUCCUCUGCGGUCUUCUUACUGUAGAUGGGAUCUCUGGAAAAGAGCACCUCGCUGAAGCGAACCCCGCCGGUCCGCUCCGCCAGCUUCUGCCGUUCGUUAUUCCACCGACCGAGAUCCAGACUGGCCCGCUUCCUGCUCUUCGAGAAGGUCGACUACUUUCAAUGGAUCCUGACUGCUGCGGCGUUUUUCUUCGCCGUCAUUCUCUUCCAGGCCUUCCUUCCUGGCUCUGUUCCGGAUAAAUCUUUUGCCAGAGGCAAUGUUGAGGGGGAUCACGGACCUUUGCCGGGGAAUUACUGGGAUUUGGACUUCGGGGAGGGGAUACGGUUCGUGCCGGCGAAGCUUCUGGAGAGAAUCGAGAGGGAGUGGAAGGAAGCGAAUUCAACUUUGAUGGCGUUAGGCAGGCCAAUGAAGCGCGCGGGGAUUAGAAAACCGCGGCUGGCACUGAUAGUUGGAGGGUUUUCAGCGGAUGCCAUGCAGCUGCAGAUGAUCAGCAUUGCUGCUGCUUUGAAGGAGAUAGGAUACGAGAUAGAGGUUUUCUCAUUCGAAGAUGGCCCUAUGCGUACAGCUUGGAUAGGGAUAGGGAUGCAGUUGACUGUCCUACUCAAGCACAUGAAACAGGAAAUCACCAUAGAUUGGCUAGAUUACGAUGGCGUACUUGUGAGUUCUGCUGAGGGCGGCCUUGUUCUUUCAUGUCUUUUGCAGGAGCCUUUCAAAUCUGUACCUGUCAUAUGGACCAUACAGGAUAGGUCUCUUUCUGUUCGUUUUAGUGAGUAUCUUAAAAAGGGUCAGACUGGACUUGUCAAUUAUUGGAAGAGAAUUUUCGACAGAGCUACUGUUGUAGUAUUCGCAAACUACUUUCUACCGAUCUCGUAUUCAACAUUUGACACGGACAACUAUUUUGUUAUUCCAAGUUCUGCUGCUGAGGCAUGGGAGGCAGUUUGUUUUCUUGCCUCAAAUAACCUGACCGAUUUGCGAAUUAAUAUGGGCUAUAAGUCAGAGGAUUUCCUUGUUGCUAUUGUUGGCAGUCAAUUUGAAUACAGCGGUAUGUGGCUGGAGAAUGCACUUGUAUUACAAGGAUUAGCGCCACUUCUCCUAGAAUUUUCUUAUGGCAAUUCUUUUUCUUUGCUCAAAGUUGGCGUGUUAAUUGGGAACUCAAGUGGUUCAUAUAAGUCGGCUUUGAAGGCUGUUGCUCAAAACUUUGGUUACCCAAGGGACAGUGUGCAGCUAAUUAGAGGCAAUGGGGAUGAAUACAGUUUCCUUAGUACAGCAGACCUUGUGAUAUAUGGAUCAUUCCUUGAGGAGCAAACUUUUCCACAGGUUUUGCUGCGUGCUAUGAGUCUUGGAAAGUUGGUUGUUGCGCCUGACCUUGAAAUAGUUAGAAAAUAUGUUGUUGAUGGGGUGAAUGGUUUUCUUUACCCAAAGGAUGAGCUUAACAAAUUAACACUGGUUUUACGUGAAGCAAUCUCGAGGGCAAAAUUAUUUUCCUCAGCCCAGCAAAUUACAUCGUUAGGGAACGCUAGAAAUCUAAUGGUCUCGGAAACUAUUCAAGGCUAUUUAUGGUUACUGGAAAAAAUCCUUAAACUUCCAUCUGAAAUUUCUUCUCCUAAGGCAAUUGCAGAUUUACCUUCAAAGUUGAAAGAGGAAUGGCAGUGGCAUCAAUUUGCUAAUCUAAGAGAGAUGAAUGAUCCAAAUAAAACUAUUCGAAGUUAUGAAAUUCUUAAUAAGAUAGAAGAAGAGUGGAACCAAACAAAUGUGACUUAUUUUCACUCCAGCUUUGGUGAACAAAUCUCCAGCAUAAACUGGGAAGAAGAAAAUAUAAUUCAGAUGGUAAAUGCUAAAAAAAGGUUAGAAGAAGACGAGUUGAAGGAAAGAAGUGACCAGCCUCGUGGAACUUGGGAGGAAGUCUAUCGAAGCGCUAAAAGAGCUGACAGGGCAAAAAAUGAGUUGCAUGAAAGGGAUGAGAAGGAACUUGAGCGGACAGGCCAGCCUUUGUGUAUAUAUGAACCUUAUUUUGGUGAAGGAGCUUGGCCUUUUCUGCAUAAUAAUUCACUGUACCGUGGAAUUGGCUUGUCAUCCAAAGGGCGCAGACCUGGAGCUGAUGACAUAGAUGCUAAUUCCCGUCUGUCUAUUCUUGGUAAUGCCUAUUACCGAGAUGCCUUGAGUGAAUAUGGAGCAUUUUUUGCUUUAGCUAACCGGAUUGAUAGAAUACACAAGAAUGCUUGGAUUGGUUUCCAGUCAUGGAGAGCUGGGGCUAGAAAGGCACGCUUAAGUAAGAAGGCUGAGAUGGCGCUCAUAGAAUCCAUCCAGGCACGGAAACAUGGAGAUUCAUUUUACUUCUGGGUUAGCAUGAAUGAGGAUCCAAGGAACCCUCUAAAACAAGAUUUUUGGUCUUUUUGUGAUGCAAUCAACUCAGGAAACUGCAGGUUUGUUUAUUCUGAGGUGCUGCGGCGGUUGUACAAUGCUCCACAAGUUUGGGAUUCUUUGCCUGAAAUGCCACAAGAUGGGGAUACUUGGUCUGUUAUGCACAGUUGGGCAUUGCCUACAAGAUCUUUUCUCGAGUUUAUCAUGUUUUCAAGAAUGUUUGUUGAUGUCCUGGAUGCAUUGAUGUUUGACGAGCACCAUCGAAGUGGCUAUUGUUACUUGAGCUUAGCUAAGGAUAGGCACUGCUAUUCUCGAGUUCUCGAGCUGCUCGUUAACGUGUGGGCAUACCACAGUGCACGUCGGAUCGUGUAUGUGAAUCCAGAAACUGGAGCCAUGCAGGAACAGCACCACCUGAAGAGCCGACGAGGUAAAAUGUGGAUCAAAUGGUUCUCAUUCGCCACCCUCAAGAGCAUGGACGAGGACUUAGCUGAAGAGUGGGAUUCCGACCAUCCUGACCGCCGGUGGCUGUGGCCGUCAACCGGCGAGGUUUUCUGGCAUGGAAUCUACGAGAGGGAGCGCAACAUUCGCCACCAGCUGCGGGAGAGACGGCGGCAGCAGAGCAGAGAUAAGCUCCGCAGAAUGAGAGGCCGUAUCCGCCAGAAAUCUCUCGGCAAGUAUAUAAAGCCGCCGCCUGAGGAUAUUAGCGCUGUGAACGUUACAGGUAGCUGAUCUCAUUGUGUUUUUUUGCGAUUGGAUUUAUAGGUUUUUUUUUUUUUUUUUUUAUAGUUUUCUUUUUUUUUUUUUGGUUAUUUGAUUUUUGGUAGUGCAGCAUUCUCUGAUUCUGUUCUUAAAACCAUUGGUAAUUCCAAAUGUAUAGAUAGUUGUUUUCAGUUACCUUAUUGUGUUCAUUCAGAAGCAAGUUUUGUGUUUUAUUUUAGCCCAGAUCUAUCAAUUGAUCCUGUAACGAAGCAAGGUUAUGCCUAUGGGAUUUCUGUUCUAUACA